UCACAACAGCAAUGCCUUCUUCCUGAUCCCGCUUCGUACUUGAGUCAGGAUGAACUUGCCCAUCUCUCUUCCCUACAUUGUAGAGCCAUUCUUACGCGAUUUGGAGACGCGCCAAUCGCUACGUCAGUCUCAAUUAGAUACACCUCUGGAUACCUCGAUCAGUUCGCAACCUUUGUAAAGGAAGAGCCAGCACUAUGGAAAGUAGUGCGACCGCCUGGUCUGCUCGAGUCACCGAUAGCACAUCACCUGCAUAACCCUUCCUUCCACUCCUUGAUCGGGGAUUAUAUGUAGUGCUGUAGGGCGACAGAUCGGGGAUUAUACAAAAUCGUUUUUAACCCUUUGCGUAUUUUGGGUGGGGGGUUGCGUGGCCGGAGUUGCAGUACUAUACUAGUAUGCGUCAUCCAUCGCGUGCCAACCUACAACUUCAUUGAUCAUCGGUCCGUAAGGCACAACAUAACAUUUCUAUCCUGAUCUAAACUAAACUAUCGGCCGGGCCCAGAUCUAGCAAGAUCUGCUGCGUAAAAGGUUGGAAGGGCGUUCAACGAAAGAAACAUUUCAACACUGGCAGCACAAAGGUACCAUCGGACACUCUGGUCACCCGGAGCGACCGUCAUUGCACAUUGCACCACCAGUCGAACCUCAUACCGUCGUUUCUAGGUCUUCCCCUUCCCACUGGCAUCAAAGUCAGUCCUGCCUGAUACUGUCUCAGAUCCAGGAAAUCAGAAAGUAAAGAUGUCGUCGACACUACAAGACCCCAACCAGUCCGACCAGCCCACACCUCCUCCACCGUCAUCAUCAGCAUCAUCAGCAUCAUCACCAUCCAGACCUGAAAAGCUCUACCAAGCCACUCUCAAAACCAUCCCUCCAGCCAUGUCCGCCCUACUAGCCGAGUACUCAGGCAUCCCACCGCAGGAGCAAAAAGCACACAUCACGACCGUCCGGGACCGCGCAUACGCCACCCAUCCGUACCCGUGUCUUGGCCGGUGGCGGUUUCUAGAACUCGAUCUCGCCGAUCACCCACUAUAUCGGAGCGAGAUACUACCUGCUUUGAGCAGUAGUGAAUCAGGUACGUCUCAAACCAGAAAUACUACAGAUGGAUCGUCGACCGCAGCAGGUCGUACUACUAUCGACUUUCUUUCCAAUUCAAUCUUCCUCGAUCUAGGCUGCUGUCUCGGCCAGGACAUACGCAAACUGAUCCACGAUGGCGCCGAUGCCACUCGUCUCAUGGGCGCCGACUUGAAUCCCGAGUUCAUCGAGAUCGGAUACUCGCUCUUUCGAGACCGGGACAGGUUCCCCUGGGAGGAUCAUUUCAUUGCGCCCGCGGACGUGUUUGACUUUUCUCCGUCUAGCGAAUUGAGUCGACGGUGUGAUGGCCGCGUCGGCAUUUUACAUUGCACAGCAGUGUUUCACUUGUUUGGGCUGGAUGAGCAGAAGAUGGUGGCGAGGCGGUGUCUGAGGUUGGUGUUGGGGAGUGGUUAUGGCAACCAUGCAAGCGAGACAGAGAAAGGGGAAGGGGAAGGGAGGGGCACGACGAAAAAAGCAUUGAUCUGUGGUGGUCAGGCUGGUCAUAUUCGUGCUGGGGAGUAUGCGAGAGAACCGAAUAAAAAGUCCCGGUAUCGACAUAAUGAACAGAGCUGGCGCCAGAUGUGGGAGGAGGUCGUUGCAGAAGAUGAUGGUGCUUGGAAGGAUCGGGUUGUUAAGGUUGAUGUCCAUGCCGUUAUGGAGGAGAGGACGUUUGGGGAUGGUGAAGGGCAGUCUUGGAAUCAGAAUCAGAGCAGUGGUGGUGCUGGUGGCGUUGAAGGACGGCCGUUGGACUCUCCUACCAAUUCGGUCGCGAAUAACACGCAGAGACAGAUUGGCAGUGUUGAAGAUGGGUUCAGAUGGAUGAAGUGGUGGGCAUGGCUUGAGUUUCGAUAGAACAUAAUAGUCCCCAGCGCAGCACUGGAGAAUGAGCGGGAUACAAGCAGGCGGUUACCUGUUUUGUUUUAGAUAUAUGUAAAGUAAGGUAUGUGUGCUUCAGACCAAGCACGCGCGGAAUUUGAAACCUUCCGAAGUGA